GGUAACGAAACAAGUCCUUCUGCAUCCCUGUUUUUGAGUCAGGACCAAAACUGCCGUCAACAGUUGUCUWUUGUCUAUUCCUGGGGAGGUGAUGGUGGAUCUAUCGAAAAGGAAUAUCAGAAAGAAGAGUGAGGAAGUACUCGAAUAAGAGUGUACUGCACAAUACAAUUGAUUCGAAUUGGAUCUGUCUACACGUUGGUUCGUACAAAACAACAAUACACACACAAUAAUUUUAUAUUACAUUACACUUCAUGCUCUCUAUUCAGACGCUGCGGCGGAAUGCCGAGAACCACAGACGCCUUCUCCUGUUGCUGGAUCGAAGCAAUCGAGGUGAUGYCACCCGUGAAAUGAAUCGCUGUGACCGGGCCAUUGGUGGUGUACACCGCGGGGGACGUCGGUGGCGCUCGGCCUCYGCGUCUACGGCUACAGGGACAAACCUUCACGCCGCAACCGGUGACCCCAGCAGCCAACGCACUCGUCGGCGCCCACUUUCUUCUGCGACCGGAGCCGCGGCCAAGAACGACGACAACAACGCUACUGCCACUGUCAAAACCGAAAAGACCGCGCCGUCCAAGGCCUCGUCGUACCUCCAGCUCGGAAAGGCCAAACUGUCCGGCCUGGUGGUGACGACGUCGCUGGCCGGCUUUGUUGCCGCGGGUGGUCCCCUCUAUGAGCAGGCGCCCCUGGCCGCSAGCUGCGUGGCCGGGACGGCCCUCUGUUCCUUUUCGGCGGCCGCCUUGAACCAGAUCUACGAGCGCGACAAAGACGCCCGCAUGAAGCGAACCCGGCAACGGCCCCUCGUGACCGGGGCCCUGACCGUGGACGAGGCCAAGCGGGCGGCGGCGGUGUGGGGCAUCGGUGGAACGACGCUACUGGCGGUGGGUACCGACCCGGUGACGACGCUCCUGGGCCUGACGAACAUUGGUCUGUAUGCCGGGAUCUACACGUACAUGAAGCCGCGGUCGGUAUACAACACCUGGUAGGUUCAAUCCAGYUCUAUAGAAAURAAGUAUACGCAACGACGAGUUCAUCGCCUGACCAURUUGCGUUGUUUUCCUCACUAACUCCAAAGGGUUGGAGCGGUGGUCGGAGCUAUUCCGCCGGUGAUGGGCUGGACCGCCGCAACCUCGGGGAAUCUCUUGGACCUUGAUGCGAUCAUCCUGGGAUCCACGYUGUACUACUGGCAGCUCCCGCACUUUUUUGCCCUAAACUAUAUGUACCGCGUCGAUUACGAGCGAGGGGGCUUUUGCAUGCUGAGCAGCCACGAGGUCGACGGAGAACGAACCUCUGCGGUGAUCCUGCGAAACGCCGCCUACCUUUCCGCYAUCCCAUUCCUAUCCACCGCCGCGGGGGUUACGAGCAGCAUGUUUGCACUGGAGGGAAUUGCGCUCAACUCCUACGCACUGUGGGUUGCCUACAGGUUUCGCCAGGAACGYACCAACACCAACGCACGAAAGGUAUUUCUGACGUCGCUGUGGUACCUUCCCAGCUGGCUGGUCCUGUUUUUGCUCCACAGCAAGGUGUGGGACGAAGAUCACGACCAAGACGUCCUUCGCGACGCCGUUUCCGAUGUUGUGCACCGCGUGCGGGACGAGGGACGAAAGAUAUGUCUGCACGAGCAAGUCUUGCUGGACCAUUCCACCACCGAUGCUGUCGCGAACGMGAAUGCUUGUCCAGUAACAUUGASCAAGAAAGCACCUGCGAUGAUACAGUCUACUGCUUCCUCUGCGAUGAAAGAAUGCGAAACGAAAGAAGUGCUGUAGUGCGAAAGAUCGCACUGCUCCUGUGUUUCAUUUCAGCUCAAAACAACAAAAAUUCGAUAGUAUUUCCUUGGUCGCAGAAGAGCGAGGAAGAAAGAUCAAAACUGUAUUGUAAUAGAUAGAGAUUCUAACG